UAGAUGGAUGAAGCGAGUAGAAUAGAUAGAGGGAGUCCAACAGGUUACUCCGCAAAGGCAGUAAAGGGGAUUGAUGAGAGAGGGAAGGGUCCAGGAGUCCACCUGUGGGACCCAGUAGUAUAAAGGAGCGAUAGUUGGAGAAAGUCAUUGUUGGGGAGAUGAGACUGGCCCAACAAGGCAGGUAAGUGUUAGAUAUUGUAAAUACAGAAUUGGCGAGGAACGGAAAGAGUCCGUCUCUUAGUAAUAAAUUGGGGAGGGGGGCAAGCAUCCCAAAGCUCUGAGCAACACAUAGCUUGGAGUUGGACCCCAAAUAUCUGAUUUCCAACUGCUGGCUCAGGACCACAUAAAACCUUGCUAAUACCAACCAGAAACUGUGCUCCAUCGGGGCGGAGCUGUGGGGUACCUCUGGUCUCCAGGACUCGAUUGACCGCAAGAGAGGGAACAUAGAGCCAGAAGUCUAGGAACCUACAAGAGCCUGCAUCCCUAUAGUCGCAGCUCGGGCCUUUCCAUGAAGCACCAAGGCGCGGAGGAGGGGGGGAACCUCCAUAGAUUUCCAGUUUGUCUUUUCCUCUAUCGUGUUGAACCUAAAGAAAAAGUCUCAUAGAACAAAUAAAAUACGAUUUUAAUCUGGGAGUCUCUGUUCGUUGAGUCCAAUAGGGAGAGCAAUUGUGUUUUGCUUUGACCCGUCUUGGUAUUGGGUCUCUCCGCCUCCCCCUACUCCCACCCCCAAAGCAUUGGGCAACAUGGUUCAAGCCGACUGCAUUCUCUGUGUGCAGGGCCCGCCUGUACUGCAGGGCGAGUUCGGGAGGAGUUGGUUGUGUUACCUUUUUUUUUUUUUUUUUUUUUUUUUAAAAAGGUUGGAAUCCAGCAGAAGUCGUCUCUGUGGGACGCAGGCCGCUAGUGAGUUGAAGUUCGGCGCGGGCGGCUGGGUCGCUGCCGGGGCCAGGAGGCCCGUUGGGCCAUGGCUAAGCAGGAAAGGCCUCUGAGCGCCGCCGGGGGUUAGGUUGGUGGCGGGCCUGAGCCGGAGGGAGGUCUGCAGCUGGCCAUGGCCCGGCGGCGGCGCCGCGCUUGCAUCGCACUUUUCCUUGUUCUGCUCUUCGCCUUUGGUACCCUAAUGGGGCUACGCACAUUGAAGGCGCCGGAUGGGCUCCCAGAGCUCGCUCCAGGAUUAGAACUGGGCCCUUUUGAGCGCCGUGCUCCGAUGCCCGCGGGGCCCCCAGCAGCAGAGGCAGAGGCCGCCCGUGCUCCGCAGCAGCCGCCACCCCCAGCACCGCCGCGCACAGCUGCGGGCCCGAGCCCGGCCCCGGCCCCUGUUCCUGCUCCGGGAUCUGGCCCGCCAGUCUACUCGGACCUGCAUGUCUUCUACUAUUCGUGGUACGGUAGUCCACGGGGCCGAGAGGGCCGCUAUGUGCACUGGGACCACGUUAUGGUGCCCCACUGGGACCCCAAAGUGUCUGCCAGCUACCCCAAGGGCCGCCAUAGCCCCCCCGACGAUCUGGGCUCCAGCUUCUACCCUGAGUUGGGACCCUACAGCUCCAGGGAUCCCGAGGUCUUGCGGGAGCAUAUGAACCAGCUCAAAGCUGCUGCCAUCGGGGUCCUGGUCCUAUCCUGGUACCCACCAGGCAUGGCUGAUGACAAUGGGGAACCCUCCGAUGAUCUAGUACCUGCUAUUCUUGAUACUGCCCAUCAGUACAGCAUCAAGGUGGCCUUUCACAUACAGCCCUACAAGGGUCGGGAUGACCGCACGCUACAUGACAACGUCAAAUACAUCAUUGACACGUAUGGGUCCCAUGGAGCAUUCUAUCGCUAUAAAAACAGCAUGGGCAGGAGCCUGCCCCUCUUCUACAUCUACGACUCAUACCUGACGCCCCCUGAGGCGUGGGCCCACCUCCUCACCCCCUCAGGAUCCCACUCGAUCAGAAACACUCCCUACGACGGCGUGUUCAUUGCCCUGCUGGUGGAAGAGGGGCACAAGCGUGACAUCUUGUCUGCUGGCUUUGACGGCAUGUACACGUACUUCGCCUCCAACGGCUUCUCCUUUGGCUCUUCUCACCAGAACUGGAAAGCGGUCAAGACUUUCUGCGAUGCCAACAAUCUGAUGUUCAUUCCAAGCGUGGGGCCUGGCUAUAUUGACACUAGCAUCAGGCCCUGGAACAACCACAACACCCGAAACCGGGUCAAUGGCAAGUACUACGAGACAGCCCUGCAGGCGGCCCUCACAGUAAGGCCGGAGAUUGUCUCCAUCACUUCCUUCAACGAGUGGCACGAAGGGACCCAGAUCGAGAAGGCCAUCCCUAAGAAGACGCUCACACGCCUCUACCUGGACUACCUGCCUCAUCAGCCUAACUUGUACCUGCAGCUAACUCGGCGCUGGGCUGAGCAUUUCAUUAAAGAGAAGGAACAAUGGCUGAUGUGAAUGGACCUGCAGGCUCGAGUAAAGGCGGUUG